GGCCUGGGUGGGAGAGUAAAAGGGCCGCGGCGGGGAAGCGGCCGACGACCGAGGAUAAUAAACUUUCAGUUUGACACAUCCGAAGCGGGUGGGGUUGCUGUCGCCGGCGGCGAUGUCGACGGCUGCAGCCACCGCCGCCCUGACGUCCUCCCCCUUCGCGCGGCGGCCUCGGGCCGCGCGGGGCGGCAGGCGGACGGUGCGGCUGCGCGCGUGCGUGUUCCACCCGGAGGUGGCACGCGCGGUGGAGUCGCUGCAGACGGAGUUCCGGGAGGUGGACGGCGCCAUCGCCCUCAACUCCUCCCGCGUCUCCGCCGCCUUCCGCGCCGCCCGCGUCGCCCCCCACCACUUUGGCGGGUCGACGGGGUACGGCCACGACGACGCCGGCGGCCGGGAGGCUCUCGACUCCGUCUUCGCCCGCGUCGUCGGCGCCGAGGCCGCCAUCGUGCGCCCCCAGUUCUUCUCCGGCACGCAUGCCAUCGCCUGCGCUCUGUUCGCGCUGCUGCGGCCUGGGCACGAGCUCUUGGCAGUGGCCGGGCCUCCCUACGACACCUUGGAGGAGGUCAUUGGGAUCAGGGGGUCGGCCAAUGUAGGAUCGCUCAGGGACUUUGGAGUGACCUACCGAGAAGUUCCGCUAGGAGCAGAUGGUGGCCUCGACUGGGAUGCGCUUGCACAUGCCGUCAGACCGGAGACCGGGUGCGCUCUCAUACAGAGGUCCUGCGGUUACUCGUGGCGCAAGAGCCUGGGUGUAGAUGAUAUCCGUAAAGCCAUCGAUUUGAUCAAGAUGCAAAAUCCAAACUGCAAGGUCAUGGUUGACAACUGCUACGGUGAAUUCGUUGAGACAUCAGAGCCUCCAAUGGUGGGAGCAGAUCUUAUUGCCGGUAGCUUGAUAAAGAACCCAGGUGGUACCAUCGCGCCUUGUGGUGGCUACAUUGCUGGGAAGAAAGAUUUGGUUGCCGCAGCUGCAGCUCGCCUAUCGGCACCAGGCCUUGGGGUGGAGUUUGGGUCAGCACCUGGACAUGUUAUGCGAGCAAUGUUUCAGGGUUUGUUUCUUGCGCCGCAAAUGGUUGGAGAGGCAGUAAAAGGGGGUUUGCUGAUUGCAGAGGUCAUGUCAGCCAAGGGCUAUAGAGUUCAACCACUUCCAAGGGCACCACGCCAUGAUAUUGUACAGGCAGUAGAGCUUGGCAACAGGGAGAGACUCAUAGCAUUCUGCGAAGUUGUUCAACAAACUUGCCCAGUAGGAUCAUUUAUUAGGCCAACCGCUGGGGAAACUCCGGGUUAUGCUUCAGAGGUCAUUUUUGCUGACGGGACAUUCAUGGAUGGAAGCACAAGCGAGCUAUCAUGUGACGGGCCCUUAAGAGAUCCAUACGCUGUGUUCUGUCAGGGAGGAACACAUUGGACGCAGUGGGCUCUUGUCCUGAGUGAAGUUCUGAAAGUCAUGUAGCUGUUUGUUAGUUACCAGAAGAUGUCCCAUUUCUACAAUGGUGGUCAUACGGCUGUUUAUCACCAAAAGACCUUCCAGUUGAUGAAUGGUAGGCUCUUUGUUAACUAUAAUUGAUUAGUAAUUUUUAUUAUGUUUGAGUUACUUUGUAUUUCCGGUGAUCUUUUAUAAUAGAUCUGUUUCUUUCCACACAAAAAAACUAUAAUUGAUUAGUGAGUGUUUGUCGA